UGCCAUUCUGGGAAUGCCUGUAUGUCCCUAUAUGCACCGAUCCAGAUCUUCUACACAAGCGCUUUUGUUUCUCUACAGAGAAAGCGAAAAACACAGCGAUUGGUGCACCAGCAAAGACAUGCCUGGAGAUUUCCAAGGCUCGGAGAGCAGUACUACAGAGAUGCCAUGGAGCAGUGCCAUAACUACAACGCCCGGCUAUGUGCCGAGAGGAGUGUCCGAAUGCCCUUCCUGGACUCUCAGACUGGAGUGGCGCAGAGCAACUGUUACAUUUGGAUGGAGAAGAGACACAGGGGACCAGGCGUGGCCCCAGGACAGUUGUACACCUACCCAUCCCGCAGGUGGAGGAAGAAACGACGAUCCCACCCCCCAGAGGAUCCCCGACUCGUCUUCCCUCCUCUAAAGUCAGAGCUGGACUUGGGGUUGAAGAAGGAUUCCCUGUCCUCUGAUGGCAGCAGUCUGGAGGCCCUACUGAAGGGAGAACCCCUGGACAAACGGGUUCCUCCGGAGCUCCGAGGGCCUGAGGAGGAGUCCAGUCUGACAGACUACACUGGUGGGGCGGUCACCCCUGCAGCACGCGUCAGAAAGAGAGUCCUGGAGCCAGAUGACUUCCUGGAUGACUUGGAGGAUGAGGACUAUGAGGAGGACACCCCAAAAAGAAGAGGAAAAGGAAAGGGAAAGGGUCGUGGGGUAAGCAGUGCCAAGAAGAAGCUGGACGCUGCGGCAGCUGCGCUGGAGGACAAGGACAAGCCCUACUCCUGUGACAGUGAGUCCCAGGGGGGUGCAGCAGAACCUGGGAGGGAAACAGUGGGAGUACAGAUGGGCUUUUGCAGAGUCUGUGGGAAGCGUUACAAGAAUCGUCCGGGCCUGAGCUACCACUACACCCACUCCCACCUGGCUGAGGAGGAGGGAGAGGACAAGGAGGAGCCUGAGGUCCACACCCCCAUUCCGCCCCAGCCUGAGGAGCCUAAGACACCCAAGAAAGGUCCAGAUGGUUUGGCGAUACCCAAUAACUACUGUGACUUCUGCCUGGGAGACUCUGCCCUCAACCAGAAGACGGGCCAGUCAGAGGCGCUGCAGUCCUGCUCAGACUGUGGACGUUCAGGCCACCCGUCCUGCCUGCAGUUCACCCCCGUGAUGAUGGCUGCAGUGAAGACCUACCGCUGGCAGUGCAUCGAGUGCAAGUGCUGCAACAUCUGUGGCACCUCAGAGAACGACGACCAGCUUCUCUUCUGUGAUGACUGUGAUAGAGGCUAUCAUAUGUACUGUCUCAGCCCCCCUAUGGCUGAACCUCCAGAAGGGAGCUGGAGCUGCCAUCUGUGUCUGGACUUAUUGAAAGACAAGGCGUCAAUAUACCAGACCCGUAAUGUCCCUCCGUCGUGAUGGACCCCCAUCCUCACAUACAACCCUCCCUCCACAGUGAGGUUCAUUCUCUGUGGUCAGUCAAGCGGAGGGGGUGGGACAGAUGACUUGUGAAAAGGGAAACGUACCCCCCCCCCCACUGAAACAUGCUUAGGUUUGGUUGUUCUAUGACUGUUACACAGUUCCAAGCUCAAGUGACCCAUGUAGGCUUUUGUUUUCAACUAUUUGUCAAUAUAUCAAACUCAAUGUGUAAUAUCCUGAACUUGACAAUACAUCAAGUAUGUUUCUUUUAAAAGUGGCUUAAACCACGAACACAGCUUUUACCAGCCAAAGUACACACAAUCUCACACACAUACACACUUACAGUGCAUUCAGAAAGUAUUCAGACCCCUUCACUUUUUCCACAUUUUGUUACGUUACAGCCUUAUUCUAAAAUUGAUUUAAAAA